AUGUCGGAUUUCGAGAACGGUCUCAUCGCGAUACGUGCGACCGUUCAAUUUAUGUCUCGGAUAGCAGUGAAUUAUAAGAAGGCCGGCAAGGAGAAAUUUACGAUUACGAAGACUAAGCUUCGCAUGGAGCAAUUACGGGAGCACUGGCAAACUUGCUGUAAGCAGCACGUCGAGCUCCUGCAGGUCGCUGACAAAGACGAUCUCCAACAUGAUUACUUCACUGACGACGAAAUUAGCAAAGCUGAAGCGGUGUUCGAGGACUCGCAAGAUUUCUUAGCAGGCCUACUCGACAAACAGGAGCUACGUACUCCAUCUGACGCUGAUCAGAGUUCUAUCAGCGUCCAUCACCCGUCUGGUCACGGGUCAUCAGCCUUCGCGCUACCAAGGAUCACCAUUCCAGUUUUCAAGGGCGAAAUGACCAAGUGGGAGAGCUUCCGAGACACCUUCCAGGCUUUAGUCGGCGCCCACGAAACUCUCUCGGACGCGCAGAAGCUACACUAUUUGAAGUCGUUCAUGGACGGGAUGCUGCGCUUCUGUUGA